UUAUUGUUCCCGUCUCAAUAAUUACUCUUGAAUGCAAUCCGGGCCCAUCUUGAGUUUUUACCUUUUCCUUCGCUCCUCAUCUUGUGGCUGGUCUCGUUCUGUCAUCAUGCAAGGUUCAAUUAAAGAAGGGAUGAAUGAACCUUGGUGCGGGCAAACAGUAGAAGAUGGGGUUUAAUUUAUCGCUCAAUCAUGUGUCCGUAUUACGUCGUGGCAAGCGGAAGGUCCAUGGCACGUCAUCCGACGUGUGCUCAGAUACUGUCAUGACUAAAACUCCCCCUUCUGUCGUUCGAUUUCAGAAUACGAUACACUGAGCGCAUGUCCGAUCUGGGUCUGAUUGCUUCUUGCUAAGAACAGGCAAUCAGUAAUCACUCGAUGAGGAUAAGCACGAGCUGUACAAAAGCGGGUCUCUCGCAGAAACAGAACGUCAGGGGGCGGUGAUAGCUCCAAGCCGAAGAUAGUCCAUCUCGAGAUGCAAGUAAAUAAGGAAGAAGAAGGAGGAGGAGGAGGAGGAGAAGAUACAGAGGUUGGUAUCAAGAAAAGGAGAAAGAUGGAGAGAAGGUCAGAGAUUAAGUCCGCCAUUGAAGAGCUCUCUCUGAUGGUCAAGCUCAAACCAGUCGUGACCAGAGCUAGAAAUGGCGAUGAGAAAGACGAACCGCGUGAUGAUGCCUUCCAUGUACCGACAAGGCUUUUCCUUUCUCUCUGUGGUGUAAUUCUUGAAGUUCUUGAUAAGGUUGGCCCAACGAUGGCCGUUCUGAGAUUAGACAUCCAUCAAAAUGUUCAGCGAGUGGAAUCAUUCAAAGAAUCUGACCCAUCAAAGUAUUCGAAUUUGGCUGAGAUGAUAAAGAAAGAGACAGGUGAAGGCAAUGCAAAAAAGGGUAACAGCUGCAGCAAAGCAAUUGUUUGGCUUACUAGAUCCUUGGACUUGAUGGUGGCCCUAUUACAAAGGUUAGCUAAGGAUCCUGGACAGAAGAUGGAACAAGCAGUGGAGGAGUCCUACAAUGUCACCUUGAAACCAUGGCAUGGAUGGAUUUCCUCAGCUGCCUUCAAAAUUGCCCUUCAACUGCUGCCCGAAACAAAAACAUUCAUCAACCUCCUCAAGACAAAAGAUGAAAGCUAUGAAAACUUCAAGGAGGACACACAGACCUUAAUUUCGUUAAUAUCUCCUGUUCUGGAAGAGAUCCACUGUAUCCUGAAACUUUAUGGCUUGGAUAGAUUGAAAUCUAAAUAAGGGGAUCGGACGAAGGACCUCCAGACUGUACAGUUGUUGUUAGUCAUGAAGUUUUGAACUUUCUUUUUGUUGUUUUUGAUUUUCCCCUCCUGGCAUCGUCUCCCCCUGUAGUAAUUACAUCCGUGUGUUGUUAGCUUCAUGAGCAAAGUUGGCUCAGGCUCUGAAAGAGCUGAACUUGUGCAAGGUACAAGAAACUUUGUGUACAAUCCAGUUACUUACUCCAAAAGUUACAGAUAUACAGAGAGUGCAUUUUCUGUCAA